GUAAAUAUAAAAUUUAUUAGCCGGAUCCACACCAGACAAUCCAAAGCGCUCCGAGGCGCGCGCGGCAUGGAGCGCGCUCCACGGAGCGUGAAGUGUAGACGUGCCGCGCGCGAUCCAUGUGCGUGGCGGAGAGCGCGCGCUCCUCGACGCGUGCGAUCUAUUUGUUGUCGGUUUUUUGGUCACGCACAAAGGGGCCUCAGUCGCUUGGCGCGCGCGGUCUGGACGGUUGUGAGAAUCGCGUGAUCCGCCGUUAUGGAUAAUUCGCAAUGUAUCCGUUUUAUUUCCCUAUAUAGAGAGAAUAAAUGUUUAUGGGAUCCUAAUGAUACCAAUUACACAAAUAGAGGUGUAAGAGAAGAUGCCUGGCGGAAAAUUAGUCGGCAAAUGAACAAUAUUCCAAUAACAGAACUAAAGAAAAAAAUGAAGUCUUUGUCGGGUGGCUACAGAAGAGAACGAUUCAGAGAAAAACAGAGUCGUAUUACCGGAUCAGGUAAGAAAUUAUAGUUCAUUUUGUUUUAUAAUUAUAGUUCAGUACAUAAUCUGCCACUCUUAGUGAAGCUUUAAUUUUAAUUUAUUAGUAAUAAUAAUAAAAUGUAUUGUUUAAAACUCCACAACGUAGUAACGUAACUUAGUUUGUGAUAAAAAGGUAUACUUAAAUGUUUAAAAGUUUUGCGUAGGGGAGUGACUUCACGGACAUUGAUAUGUGCCGGUUAUAUUAAUUUAUUCUUUAUUUCAGGUGCUGAAGAUACUUACAAAUCAAAAUGGUUUGCUUACGAUGAGUUUGCUUUCAUGGCGGAUAAGAAUGACCCCGGGACAACAAGGGAUACACUCCAACAGGAAGAAAGUAAUAGCACCACUGGUAGCGGAGAACAUGCUAUCAAUGAAAAUGCUCAAGAAAACGUAGACAAUCACACAACUGAGAAUGUUAAUAAUCAAAUGCAAGAUAUGAAUGAUCAGAGUAUACCAACUGAACCUUCUGUACCAUCUGAACAACCUGCUGCCCAAUCUAAUGUGCAAAACACCCAACACAAUGUUCAAACCGAAAAAAGGAAUCAAAAUAAAAGAAGAAAAAAAAAAACAUCUUCACAUGGUUCCGAAGAUAUUAUGAUAACAGAUGAAUCCAUUUCGGAAGCAUUUCAACUACUUCAUCAAUGUGCUCAAUCACAACAACUAGAGACAGAUUCGUAUACCCCUUUUAGACAAUACAUAGCUACCGAACUACGAAAAUAUGAUCAUAUAACAUUAACUUGUCUAAAACAUGCCAUAUCUCAAAUUAUUUUUGAAGCUGACACAGGCAGAUACAGACCAGAAAAUUAUGGAUAUUACUCUCCAACUUCAUCAUAUACAGAACGACCUUCAGAAUCAACAACAACUUAGCUUCCAUCAACUUCAUUGCAUACAGAACGACCUUCAGAAUCAACAACAACUCAGCUUCCAUCAACUUCAUUGCAUACAGAACGACCUUCAGAAUCAACAAUGACUCCACUUCCAUCAACAUCUUCUACUACUUCGACAACUUGGCAGCCUUCUCCGUCACCACAAUCACCACCAAUUUAAUUAACAUAUGUAACUUUUAUAUAUUCUUAAGUAUAAGCUAAGUUUGAAAUAAAGAGUUUAAUCUUUUAAAUAUAUAAUUUCACUUACUUUUACAUAAUCCUUCAAAACGUCGAUGAUUACUUCACAAACCUCAGGAACAAUUUUUGAUAUUGACUGUUUAGACACUGAAAAGAUACUGUAGACUGACGUAAGAAUCUCCAUUUGCUAAAAAUCUCAAUGUUAUUAGUAGUCUUUCCUUAACAGUUAUGGCAUCACGAUAGUUUGUAUCAUUCUUUCUUGUUUUGUUCUCCAAUAGUGAACACAAUAAGUCAAAUUGAUUUGCAGUCAUUCUUGCAAAAUUAGCUUCAGCUCCAUCAUCAAUUAACUCUUUGUAAAGUCGAGUCCCAUAUUCCAACCGGUUUUUAAAAAUUGUUUUAACCCAAUACUGUCUUUUUCGUUUUAAUAAGUUUUGCCGUAAAUAUACAAGUAAAAUGUAGCUUGCUGCUGCUACGGCUAUUCGUCGCCGUCGUUGCACGUGUGACUCCAUAGCCAGACAAAAUUCAACCGAUUCAGUAUGGAUCGGCAGGAGCACUUUGGAGCAGCCAGUCAGGAUUAGCAGCCAGUCAGGAUUAGCAGCCAGUCAGGAUUAAGAAUCAGUCAGGCAAAAGAUUGCUGUUGGAUCGACUUAGAACGAUCCACGCUCCACGCAUCACGAUCUUGGAUCGUGGAUCGCGGGAUCGCCGAUCCAUUUUGGAUCGUCCGGUGUGGAUCCGGCUAUUGAUUACUCGUCCACAGCUCCACCUACGGGAUCUAGAUUUUGAUGGUUUUCUUUUUUGGACUAAACCAAUAUACGAGUACACCUAUAUUUUUAAUAUUAGUAUUGUUUUUCCAUACAUAUAGAAUUUAUUAAUACUACAGCGCUACCACCAUCAUCUCGACAAAACAAAUAUAUUGUGUGAACAUGACCACAGUAUCAAUCGAAAAGUCAAUAGGUUUCCUUUUAAAAUACAUAGUCCACAUUUAUAUGUGUUAUAUAUUACGUGUAAAUAUUCUAUUUCCAUCACAUGUGUUCAUAAAAUAAUUCGUAAUAAUAGUACCUUUUCUCUCUACUACUACUACUCUACUCUAUACUACUCGAUCACUGUUCUCGACUAACACGCUUUUUUUUAUAGGAUGAGGGUGACAAACGAGCACACAGUGCACCUGAUGGUAAGUGGUUGCUGCGGCCCAUAGACAUCUACAUCUAUCCUCUAUUAAAAAUCAAAAUGCAGAUGCGUUGUCGCCCGUGAGGACUAAGAUGGAAUGCCUCAUUUCCAGUAAAAAGGGUCUCCGGUUCUAUACACUCACCAUACGAAACACAGCAGCGUAAAGCUGCUAUUUUACGUUGGUAUUCUGUGAGAGCGUGGUCCUUCCCCGAUCGAGCCGACCCAUUAGUGCUACAACUAUACUACUAAUAUAGCUGCAGCAUGGCUCUACCACGUCUAAAAACUUAUGUACGUGGUACUACUAUUAUUAUUUAAGUUUAUUUAUUUACAGUACAGUUGUACAGUUGUUUUUAUUAAUUUAAUUUUUAAUCUAUAAUUUGGAUCGAGUUAAGAUUGGCAAGUUCUGCAUAACUAUUGAGCCCUUAAUUGUUUCCACUAAAGCUUUACACAUAUUAUGUGUAGAAUGAUGCUUAAGGAAUUUUACUUUUAACGAGGGUAAAUUUAGCUAAUAUUGCUCGCAGUUUUUCAUAUACAAAAUGUAUAUGUUCACUGUUCAGUCCAUUUGAGUUAAUUGACAUUAAUUAAGCCUGGGUACUUUCGUUUAUAAAAAAAUUCUGUGAGCUCAUUUAGAAUACUUGUUAGCUGCUAUAAGACACGUGUCGUCAGCGAAUUUACAUAAUUGACAGUGUUUGAAUGAAGGUAUUUACUAUUUCUUACCUAUGUGAUGUGUAUAUAUAUUUAUAGAAUAAUAUAUAUAUUUAUAUAAUCUGAGACUUUAAUUUUUGGUUUCAUAGUAUUCUCCAAACUUGUGUGAAUUUUGAUAAUACUUUUGUUGUACAAUUUGUUUACUUUUACUGAAGUUUUUUAGUUUUAUAGAAAGGAGUCGCAUACUAAGCACAACCGAGGUGAAGACCUCAUAUUACUCGAACAUGGCUAAAUAAACUUCUAUCCACCAUUUAUUAACUAUAUUCUGUGUUAUUCUAUGUGUUAUUGUUCAACCAUAACAAAAUUAUAGUAGCCACUGCCUUACCAAGGUUAUAAAGCAAAAUUAUUUUAUAUAUUAUUACUAUUGUAUUGUUAUUAAUUGCUAUUGUUACGAAUUAUUAUCCUAAUACAUUAAUUGACCUCUC